AUGUCCUUUGGCCGACAAGAGUAUUUCUAUAAUCAUGAGAAUUUUUUUUUUGUGUCAGCAUGGUCUAUAAUUGACCUGCUUUGGACACAAGAUUUAGGGCUACCAUCUUUGAGGGACUUCCCUGUUAAUGACGUUGAUGCCACAGCGAUUGGUUUUCGCCUACUUCGAUUGCAUGGCUUCCAUGUCUCCCCAUGUGACAGUGACGGACCAGUGUUGCCUAGACUUCCCACUACUUAUAUCCUUGCAUCCCUAGGACAUAUUAGUAUAUUACUCGAUCAUAUUGAUCAUAUUCUUGAAACUCCUAAGGAAGAAAUGGUUUCCCUAGAAAUUUUCGGUGGAGCAGUCAAGAAGUACCCCACGAACAGGAUGCUCGGCCGAUGGCAAGUUACAGAUGGCAAGGCCGGUGAGUAUGUGUGGCAAACGUACGAGGAAGUGUACCAAAAGGUCAUGAGGAUUGGAUCAGCCAUCAGAAGCUUGGGCGUAGAGCCGAUACUAGCAGUAGUCCCUAAGUGCACAGCCCAUCUUAGAGCCAUUGUUAGUUUCGGAGAUUUUACAAGCGAGAUGAAAACUGAAGCUGAGAAAUUUGGUAUAAACAUGAAAAUACAGAUAAAGGAAGGGCUUGGAGGGCGUAUACGCCUCAUGAUAGCAGGAGCAGCACCUUUGCCAGGGCAAAUCGAAGAGUUCAUGCGGGUAACCAGCUGCAGCAUUGUAGUACAAGGAUAUGGGCUCACUGAGAGUUGUGCAGGAUGCUUCACAUCAAUCGCCAAUGUUUUCUCAAUGAUUGGUACAGUUGGCCCUCCGGUCACAACAAUCGAAGCACGACUGGAGUCUGUCCCUGAAAUGGGCUACGAUGCACUGUCAGACAUGCCGCUUUUGUGCCCAAGUCCUGAUCUAUUGAUCUCUUAG